ACAAUGCUUUACCCUUAAAAAUGUGAUAGCAUUUUUAAAAUGGUUGAAGAACGUAUUUAAAUGGUCUGAAACAUUAUCUUUUGAAACAAAAAGUCCUAUCAAUAUAUUGUAUUUAACAUGAUAGGGAAUUUGAUAUUAUUUUAGCACUCUGUUGUGUUUUUAAGAAUAUCUAACUUCCUGAUUCCAUAUCAAAAAUGUGUCUUUGAUAACCUACUCAGACUAUAGUAGCAAAAUAGCACUUUUACCUAAAAUUUUCUUUUUUACCGUUUUGUAGACCUUGUUAGGUUUUUGUGUUUUCCGCAUAGAGAGAGAAUGAGUAGUUUAUCGAAAGGCUUCACUUAAUUUUACAAACUGCUGCUUGCCCAUAUUGACUAGGGCUGCCUUUUUCUUUUCAAUAUACUCUUUGCCCGUAGAAGUGUUUCAGCUUUGGCUGAAGGUAAGUUUUAGCUUACCUUCCUUGAGUUACUUUUUCUUUCCCUUUGUAACCUUUCCCAUCCCCUAAUCACCUUAUUUUAAGUUGUGUUUGUGCCUUCUGUUUGUGAGCACAGUGUUAGGUGUUGAAGAUAACGGCCUUUGGAGCCAACGGGCUCCAGACCCUUCUCCCAGAUCCUCCUGGUGCUGGACCAAUGGUACAGGAAGGCAAAAAGCCAAGUUUUCACUGGAGUAAUUCUCUGAAGUGUGUGCUGCAACAUAGUCAUUGUCCAGCCUGCCUGUGCUAGCAGAUGAGUGGGAGAACGCGGAUUUAAACCAAGUGCCAAGAAGGGACUGCCCUUGAGUUUUGUACUUUGCAGCAUUUCUCAGCCUUUCCCACCUUCUCUUCCUGUGAGAACGCCACGCUUAGGUUACGAAAAUGAAGCAGCUGAAAAGGAAGCGAAAAAGCAAUUUCAGUGUUCAAGAAACUCAGACCCUCUUGAAAGAAAUUACAAAACGCAAAGAAGUCAUUUUUUCCAAGCAGCUCAACACAACCAUCAACGUGAUGAAGCGGAUGGCGUGGGAGGAGAUUGCGCAGUGUGUGAACGCCGUGGGGGAAGGGGAGCAGAGGACAGGGACGGAGGUGAAGAGAAGGUACCUGGACUGGCGGGCGCUUAUGAAGAGAAAGCGGAUGAAGGCAAACCUUAAGCUGGUCGGCUCGGGGUUUCCCCUUCCCACCUCUGAUUUAGACGACUCGCUCACCGAGGAGAUGGAUGACAAGAUUGCAUUCCGGAAUGAGCCCAACUUUGACUGGCAGAAUGUGGCAGAUUUCAGGGAUGCAGGCGGAUCCUUAACUGAGGUCAAAGUGGAAGAGGAGGAAAGAGACCCCCAGAGCCCUGAAUUCGAGAUCGAGGAAGAGGAAGAGAUGCUGUCCUCGGUCAUCCCGGACUCCAGGAGGGAGAGCGACCUGCCCGACUUCCCCCACAUCGAGGAGUUCUUCACCCUGAACUCCACGCCGGCGCGGCCUGCCUACGACGAGCCGCACGUGCUGGUCACCCUGGAGAAGCAGAAGCUGGAGCUGGAGCAGCGGCGCCUGGACUUGGAGGCUGAGAGGCUGCGGCUGGAGCGCGAGCGGCUGCAGCUGGAGCGCGAGCGGCUGCACGUCGACAGGGAGAGGCUGAGGCUGCAGAUCGUGAGCUCUGAGAAGCCGCCCGCGGACGGCGAGCCAGGCCUGGGCGAGAAGCCCGGGCCGCAGCCACAGGACCUGGAGACGGAGAGGCUGAAGCUCGAGAGGGAGCGGCUGCAGCUCGAGAAGGAGCGGCUGCAGUUCUUGAAAUUUGAGUCGGAGAAGCUGCAGAUCGAGAAGGAGCGCUUACAGGUGGAGAAGGAGAGACUGCGGAUCCAGAAGGAGGGACACUUGCAGUGACUGAGCACGGUCCCCGCUCAGCAGAGGCCUGUGAACCGUAGGUUUCCUUCUAACUUGGAUGAACUGUUUUUCCCUCUUGAACGUCCGUGUUUCCAAGAGGCCAGAGGUGGGUCCGUGCGGGUGACUGUAGGCGCCAGCUGUCCAUCAUCUGUGCUGUGAGCCGCGUGCCCGGCACACACAGCAGGGCAGGGGCCGUCAUCUGCCGUAUCUGCUGAGGAAAAUUCCAUGGCGUCCUGUGUGAUCUGUGCACGCGGGUUUAGUUAUGUCUGUGAGGUUCUAGGUCCGUGCUUCUCCACAUCGGGGUGGGGGUGGAUCCAGACCUUGACCCCCCGGAGACGUUUGGUUGGUGGGUUGGGGGCCAGGGUGCCCUCCUCCUCCUGCCGUGCAUAGGACGGGCGCCCAGAAACCCAGAAAAGACUUCUCCAACACGAAAUGUCAGUGUUGCUGAGGCUGACGAGCACCUCUCUAGCUUUGGUUACAGUUCCAGAAUAUUAGGACCUCACAUAUUUAAGUGGGUAGUUACUUAAAUGGCCACAGACUUUAACUAUGUGACAUAACUGUGUGGUGUAUGGAACACGGGAAGUGACGACAAUUAUUAGUGUUUCUUCCCGGGUUUCCGUCUAUCACCUGAGACUCCCAACAUGCUACAGGGAGCCUCAGUUCAUUCAUCUGGCUGUUGACGCUUUAGAAGCAGCACACACUGUUUAAGGCUUAGUUCCCUUUUUUCUUUGAAUUCGUGAUUUUAGUUUAGAUAGAAAAAUUGUGAUUUCAACCAUGUACUGAAAUUUUAAUAUAAGUGAAUGGUUGAAGCUAGUAAAAACGGUACCGAUACAUAAAAAUGGUACUAGUAGUCCACGAGCUUGAAAUCAAUAAGGGUUAUUUUUUAAAUAAGUACUCGCAGCUGUGGGGGAGUGGGGGUGGGGAGAGAGAGUCGUCUGUCUCCGAUGGGGUGCUGGUGACGGUCGUAGCUGUGUGUGAACGAACCAGGGAAGCCCUUGCACCCACUGUCUGACCUGGUCUCUACAGGUCGUGAGAGCAUCCAUGGCUCUUCCUGAAUCGGGGGCUCCGAGAAGGAGCAGGGCGUGAGAGUCUGGUCUCGUCCUGUGGUGAGCCUGGUCUGCGCCCCUCCCGCGGGAGCAGAUUGCAUCUCUUCUGAGACCAAGGGCCGGCGUAGCCUGGUGACUUGCCUUCAGUCUCCUGAAGGUUCUUUUCCCACCAUGCGGGUGAUUCUAACGCACACCAACGCUGAGAAUCACUGCACGAGAUCACUUUGUAUUUUCUGGUUUCCAGGGCUGAUAAUGUAGCUUUAACACAUGUCUUCUGUUGACAGGUACUAUCUUGAUUCUGCCUUUGUUCCCUGUUAAUUUCAGAAUGUCUUGAAACGCUAUGUGAUGUUACAGUAAGGACACAGAAGGAAAAAAUACACUUCUGCUUCGUUACCUUGACUUCGAAAUACUGUUAUUUUUCUAUAGCCAGAAUAAACGCUUCUACCGUAGAAAUAAAAUUUGCCUGUGCCCACUCUC